GCAUCAUCGACCAGCACGAAGCAGCAUCUCCAGUCCUCUCCCUGCCAGAGUCUCCUUCAGCUAGACAGCUCGAUACCAUCGCCCGUCUCGAUCUCUGCACUUUCCGGUCGACCACCAGCCAGCCGUCUGACGUCUUCUUUUGCCUCUUUUCCCCCCUCCCAUCACCCUGUCGCCUUCAUAAUGACUCCUGAAUACGAUUACUUGUUCAAGCUUCUCCUCAUCGGUGACUCCGGUGUCGGAAAGUCCUGCUUGCUUCUUAGAUUCGCAGACGACACCUACACGGAGAGCUACAUCUCUACCAUUGGUGUUGACUUCAAAAUCAGAACAAUCGAGCUCGACGGAAAGACCGUCAAACUCCAGAUCUGGGAUACGGCUGGCCAAGAACGAUUCCGAACCAUCACAUCUUCCUACUACCGAGGAGCCCAUGGAAUCUGUGUGGUUUACGACGUGACGGAUAUGGACUCGUUCAACAACGUCAAGCAGUGGUUGCAGGAAAUUGACCGCUACGCCACACAAGGCGUCAACAAGCUCCUCGUCGGCAACAAGAGCGAUAUGGAAGACAAGAAGGUGGUCGAAUACACCGUUGCAAAGGAGUUCGCCGAUAGUCUCGGCAUCCCAUUCCUCGAAACUUCCGCCAAGAACGCUUCUAACGUCGAACAAGCCUUCUUGACCAUGGCCAGACAGAUCAAGGAACGAAUGGGAACCGCAACUGUCAACAACAAGCCAACCGUCCAGGUCGGCCAGGGACAAGGCGUCCAGUCGAAUUCCGGCAGCUCAUGCUGUUAAACCUUCCAGUUUUUACUCCUUGCACUCGACCGAUGCCGUGGUUAUGCUAUGCCUUGCUUCCCACGCUACAACUGUCCUAAUUUUUCCCUUUGGCGUGAAAUUGGCAUUCAUGAAAGCAGUGUUUCAAUCGGAAU